CAGUAACUACUUCCCCCGGAUUGGCUAAGCGGUUGUCAGGAGUGUUUACAGGAAACAUGGCUUCUCUGUCUGUAGGAGAGCAUCAAGAGAUGGAAGUCGACCGUAGGGGUGAGUCUGAGGAGUCUGGUGAUGAUGAGACCAGAAGAAAGAGUAUCAAUGGUGAUGUGGACCCAAAUCAGCCAACAAGCACGAUUAAAGAAGAGUCCCCUGUUGACAUGGACACUAUAACCCUGGAUCCAGAGGAAGAGGAUGUUGAUCUAGUUCAUUGUCGUAUUGGAAAAAUUGAAGGGCUGGAGGUGCUACAGAAAGCUAAAACUCUAUCCCUAAGACAGAACCUCAUCAAAAAGAUAGAGAACCUUGAGAGCUUGAGCUCGCUUCGAGAACUAGAUCUCUAUGACAAUCAAAUCCGCAAGUUAGAGAACCUGAGCAGUCUCAAGGAUUUAGAGGUGCUCGAUGUUUCCUUUAACAUUUUGAGGAAAGUGGAAAACCUGGACGAGUUAACCAAGCUGAAAAAGCUGUUUCUGGUCCACAACAAAAUCACAGCCAUUUCCAACGUGGACAAGCUUACUGGCCUAGAGAUGCUGGAGCUGGGCUCUAACCGCAUUAGAGUGAUUGAAAACCUGGAUGCUCUUUCAUCUUUGCAAAGUUUGUUUCUUGGAACCAAUAAAAUAACAAAGCUUCAGAAUCUUGACAAUUUACACAAUCUGACUGUUUUAAGCAUUCAGAGUAACCGGAUAACUAAAAUUGAAGGACUUCAGAACCUGGUCAACCUGAAAGAGCUCUAUCUGAGCCACAAUGGCAUUGAGGUCAUAGAGGGCCUGGAGAACAAUAAAAAACUCACCACGCUGGAUGUUGCUGCCAAUCGAGUAAAGAAAAUUGAGAACAUCAGCCACCUGACAGAGCUGCAGGAGUUUUGGAUGAAUGAUAAUCAGAUAGAGAACUGGUCAGACCUUGACGAGCUGAAGAAUGCCAAGUCCCUUGAAACGGUGUACCUGGAGCGGAAUCCUCUACAAAAAGAUCCUCAGUACAGAAGAAAGAUCAUGCUGGCACUGCCCAGUGUGCGUCAGAUCGAUGCUACCUUUAUUCGCUUCUAAGCUGCAGUGUAACACCCCCCCCACCACCAAACAUGUGUGUCACCUCACCUCCCUGCCUGCCCUGCCCACUAAAACACCUCUUUUAGCAUAUUGUCCUCACUACAUCAUAGUUUCACUCACAAAAAGAUACACAUUCCAGCACAGAACUCACUCAACAUACAGGUGUGCAUGUAUGCACUCAUACAAACCUCGAUCAAAGAUAUUGUGUGAAAGAUUUUAUUUAUUAAGGUGGAACUGUGAAUAUGGAAGAACUUCCCUACACUCAUUUCCUCAUAUUUCCUCUGCACUUUGUUGUUUUUCCUUUUUGUUUUAUUCGCAUGUGGCAUACAGUGGGCACCUCUGACGUUCUAUGGCCAUCAGGAAAAACAGGACUCAGUCUUACCAAACACAUCAUGUUGCACUGUUUCCAUAUCAGUAAAAAGGGGGGGGAAAUCCCACUGCUUUUGAGAUUUUGUUUUGUAUUAUGUUUUUUCUAUAAGUGAACCUGAAGACCAGGUAAAGAUCAAACACUCAAAGGGAGAUUGUAGAAGAAACAAAUCCAAGUUAAAAUUGACCUAAUUGUUGUUUUUUUUUUUUUUUUUUUAAAUGCUUCAGGCAAAAAAAAUAAAAUCCCCAUUUAGAAAUGUAGGAAAACGCAGAAACUGAAGCCUUAAAACAUCUGAAAAUUAAAAUUAGUCCAGAAAAGUGUCACAUGCAGUUUUAUUUUAGCAAUAACAUCAUUAACUUGUUUGUCGUAUUAAAUAAACUGACAUCAACACAAAGGGACAUCUCUAUGCGUCUGGCAGCCUUGUCCAUUCCUUCACAUACAUAAUUGCAUAGAUUUUCUAGCUGGUGAACUAUUAAGACCUCUGCAGUAUAGUAAAGCCUGUGAGAAUGUAGGAAACUGUCCAUACAGAUAUUUAUACCGUCGCACUAUUUUCUUAAGUGAGCCCUAAAUCAUAAAGCAUUUGGUCUCAUUUAGUUUUAGCAGCUUGUUUUUUUCUCUCUUUAAACACAAUAAAAUGUAGAUUUUAUCUGAAUUAACUAUAUUCUAAUGGCAGGACUGAUCUCACAAAGUGUUUACGAAUGCAAUAUAAACUCAGUGUUGGCACAAAGACAUUCAACUACAUUUGGAUAUGAAUAUUCUGCUCUUGACCUGUGGUAUGGCUUAAAUUCAUUGAUAGAAACUGUAAAUUUCUUUUAAAGAUUGUUUAGAUUAAAUGGCAUCAAAAUCAUCCUAAUCUAUACAAAAUUAUCCGGUAAGUUUUUGUAUUAGUCUCGGGCGCUGAUGAAUAACUCCCUGGUCCAACUGACUAGUGAUUUCUUUACCAGAAAAAGAUGCCGCACCUCAGGGAUAGAAGAUCACAGAAUAACUCAUCAUAAAAAGUGCUUCAAUUUGUGCACUUUUGUUCUAUUAUCAAACCUCUUUACAGCCUUUAAUCGAUAAAUACGUACAUUUUCAAAAGAUUUUUAUGACAAUUUUUUGUCAAAAAUGGCGAGAUAAAACUAUAGCUUGCUUAGAUGGAAAAAUUGAUGUAUUUAAAAGGUAGCAGCUUAUUAAAAAUUGUGUCAGGACCAACUAUGAGGCUGUGUAAUAACUAUAGACCCAUUAAAUAAAGAACAGUACCCACAGCUAAUACGAAUGUAAGUUUCUAUUUAGUUGAUGAAAUUGCGAGCUGAAUUGAAAGGGCCACAGUGUGUAUUUGUAAAUAUGGGACAUCUCAUGAUAUGGGUGUCAUGUGCCAUCAUCACCCUUCCUUUUGUAAAGUGAUGUUUUACUGUGUCGUUUGUGCCAGGCAGCACAACAGAUUGCUGUGAGAUUCAGAAAAGUAACAGAACAAAACCUCUCUGGUCAUGUAGGAGCAUUAAAGCAAUCUGCUUUCAGAUCCUUCUUGUCAGAUCUGCGUCCUGAGGUCUGGGACCUGGUUGAUGCUCUUUGCAAAAUGAAUGUAAUAUGCAAACAAUAAUAAAGUGACACUACUUAAGCAGAAAAUGUG